AUCCUUCUCACCUCAUCCCUGCACCUCCUCUCCUAUUGCAAUACAACAAGAAGGACCCUUCAAAUUCGAGCAAUUAACAGCCUUUUUAAAUCUGUGCGGGACUUAGAUAUUUUUUGGCCACGGUUUUUAGUUUUGGGUGAUAUUCCUCUUGUUAGCUCAUAAAAUGGGGAUUGACACUGGACUCAAUGUUUCAAGUGAUGAUGCACCUUACGGGGGAAAAAGUGCCUUUUCCCAAAUGGAGCACAACAUUGUGGCUGGAUAUCUUAUUACCGCAGGCGUCAUCAGUCUACUGAGCAACAUUGUCGUUCUUCUAAUGUUCGUAAAGUUUAAGGAGCUUCGCACUGCGACCAACUUUAUCAUAAUCAACCUGGCUUUUACUGACAUUGGAGUGGCUGGUAUCGGUUAUCCCAUGUCAGCAGCCUCUGACAUCCAUGGAAGCUGGAAAUUUGGGUACACUGGUUGCCAGAUUUAUGCAGCUCUCAACAUCUUCUUCGGCAUGGCUAGCAUUGGGCUACUGACUGUGGUGGCCAUAGACCGCUAUCUCACCAUAUGCCGACCCGACAUAGGGCAGAAAAUGACUGUGCGAUCAUACCAUCUCCUUACUCUGGCGGCAUGGCUUAAUGCUUUGUUCUGGUCCACCAUGCCUAUGGUGGGCUGGGCUGGGUACGCCCCAGACCCUACUGGAGCUACAUGCACCAUCAACUGGCGGCAGAAUGAUGCAUCCUUCAUUUCGUACACCAUGGCAGUGAUUGCUAUUAACUUUGCCAUCCCUUUGUCUGUCAUGUUUUACUGCUACUACAAUGUGUCCGUCACGGUGAACAGAUGCAAAGCGAGCAACUCCCUCCAUAACAUUAACAUUGACUGGUCGGAUCAGAUGGAUGUAACAAAGAUGUCUAUCGUGAUGAUCGUGAUGUUCCUUGUGGCUUGGUCUCCAUACUCUAUGGUGUGUCUCUGGGCAUCUUUUGGGGACCCGAGGUCAAUUCCUGCACCCAUGGCCAUCAUCGCCCCUCUCUUUGCCAAGUCCUCCACCUUUUACAACCCCUGCAUUUACGUCAUAGCCAACAAAAAAUUCCGAAGAGCCAUUAUCGGGAUGAUCCGGUGUCAAACCCGACAGCAAAUCACCAUCAAUACUCAGGUUCCCAUGACAACUUCUCAACAACCUUUGACCCAGUGAGAUGACGACCUCAGUAUCAUCUAUCUCAUCAUUACUCUAAAUCUUUAGUUUUAUAUAUACUGUAUGCCCGUUUAUGUAUUCACGUCUUCACUUACUUCAACACGGUCAAGCGGUUUGUUGUGUCAUUUUACACCAAUGCAAAGCAGAUAUACAAAAACUACCCAAUACUCUUUGUGGUUAGCCAUUUGAGCACAAUGAUGAGGUGCUGAUGUUUUUUUUUUCUAAAAUACUACUAAUUCAUAUGUAUUACAUUGAGCUUUCAUGGUCAAUGUAUUCCUUAUUUAAAAAUAACUCAAUUUAACAAUUUGUGCUUAAAUGUACUUUGAAUUGAACAAAAGAACAUCAAAUCAUUGAAACAGUAACAUUUCUGAAGUGUCUUAUUUCCAUCCAUCCAUUUUUUAUACCGCUUCUCCUCAUUUGGGUCGCGGGGGUAUGCUGGAGCCUAUCCCAGCUAACUUCGGGCGACAGGCGGGGUACACCCUGGACUGGUCUCCAGCCAAUCACAGGGCACAUAUAGACAAACAACCAUUCACACUCACAUUCAUACAUAUGGACAAUUUAGAGUCACCAAUUAACCUAUUGGCCUUUGAUUGACCUGGAGAAAACCCACGCACGGGUAGAACAUGCAAACUCCACACAGAAAUGCCCAGGGGAGAAUCGAACCCAGGUCUUCCCGAUCUCCAGACUGUGACUGUGUGGCCAACAUGUUAACCACUAGACCACCGUGCGGCCAUGUAUGAUGAUUAUUAUUAUUAUGUCUUAUUUCCAUUUUGGUUAUUGUGACAAAUGGCGCUUUCCAUAGAAGUUUUGAGGCUAAUAGCCGAUAGUGAUAUCAUUGUAGCUUGUUAUCAGCGGCGGAGCUACGGGGUGGCCAUUCUUGGUCACUCUCCAGCCACCCCCACGGCUGGGGAACAAUUUUUACAAACGCGCCUCUGUGGUGCAGAGCAUUAGUUCGGCCUAACUGCCGUUUCCGCUUGGACGCAUUUCACUGCAGCACACAACCAAGCUGCAGUAAGACCUCGUCUUGCAUUAACAAGUGGUAGUUAAGUUUUCCAUGAUUACUUUUGUCGGUUCCGGUCACGUUUUCUCACUAUGUUGAAUUAAAUUCUGAAGCGUCAUUCAGCACAUAAAUCAGUUAAUAAUGGAAGCUCUCUGUAGCAGCACGAGUGGCCAUGUAAACCAAGGAGUCGAGAGUUAAAACAGGAGUGUCGUUCGGCAUCCGCUUCCGUGUUAUGGUUUGGCCGCCAAGAUGGUCCAAACAGACCAUGCAAAGGCAGUGAUGGAGCUACAUGGUGGCCAGUGGCUCUGGUCACACUCUGGCCACCCUACUGGCCAUCUAGACAAUUCAGUUAUUAAUUUAUUGCCACCCCUAUGUGAGUAAUGGUCUCACCUUGGCCACCCCAAUGAAAAAUAUCUGGCUCCGCCACUGCUUGUUAUAUAUAAAUGAAUUCAAGAAAUAUAGUAAAAACAGUAAUAUUUGACAGCCUAUUAAAGCAUUACAAUUGUUAAAUGGGAUUAAAAUUGCUCCCUCCGGGUUGGGAAUGAGGUCCUGCCCCAGGUGGAGGAGUUUAAGUAUUUCGGGGUCUUGUUCAGGAGUGAGGGAAGGUUGGAGCGUGAGGUUGAUAGGCGGAUCGGCGCAGCGUCUGCAGUCAUGCGGUUGCUGUACCGGACCGUCGUGGUGAAGAAAGAUCUGAGCCGGAAGGCAAAGCUCUCAAUUUACCGUUCGAUCUAUGUUCCCACCCUCACCGAUGGUCACGAGCUUUGGGUCGUGACCGAAAGAACGAGAUCGUGGAUACAAGCGGCUGAAAUGAGUUUUCUUCGUAGGGUAGCAGGACUCACCCUAAGAGACAGGGUGAGGAGCUCGGUUAUCCGGGAGGAGCUCAGAGUAGAGCCGCUGCUCCUUCACAUCGAGAGGAGCCAGCUGAGGUGGCUCGGGCAUCUAGUCCGGAUGCCUCCCUGGUGAGGUGUUUCGGGCAUGCCCAGCCGGGAGAAGGCCUAGGACACGCUGGAGGGAUUAUGUCUCACAGCUGGCCUGGGAACGCCUUGGUGUCCUGGAGGAGGUGGUCGGAGACCGGGAAGUCUGGGCUUCCCUACUAAGACUGCUGCCCUCGCGACCCGGACCCGGAUAAGCGGAGGAAAAUGGAAUGGAAUGGGAUUACAAUGACAGUUAAUGGCAAAAAUAAGAUUUUUUGAACAUGAGCUAGCUCCUUCAAAUGUGUUUACCUGACACACUGCCAUUUUGGGGAAGCCAUGUCCUGGGAUAGUCCCAUGAAUGUCACCUAACAACCACUCCUAAAUGUUUCCAUACAGUAAUCCCCACUCUAUCACAGUUUUUAGGGACGCUCCAAUCGAUGGGCCACUGACAGUAUCGGCCGAUUUCUGUGAAAAAUCAUGUAAUUGGCAUAUGCCAAAAAAUGCCUUUCAACGCCGAUCACAAAAACCUGUGGCUAGCACUAUUGCAGGCUGCAGCCUGUAGCAAUCACUGCAUGCAGUGUAGUGUCUUGGGUAGCGUGUUCCUCCCAUUUUCCUUCACGCGAGCCAAAACGAAAACAAUCUUGUCUGCCGUGUGGAACUUACCUGCCGACACCAAAAUAUCUCACGUGGGUAGCAUGUUAAAAAGCUUUAAUUUAAUACGGCAAUUGAAGAACAAACACUUGAUGGUGAGUUUUCGAGGCUCAGGGUGUAUUCAUCAGUCAAACAGCAGCUAACGCAGCCAAAACGCUGGACAACACUCGCCCGUAUGUGUGAUGUAUGUUUGCUUGCAUACACAGUAUAUGUUUGAUAGAGUGAAGCCGUGAAAUUCGAAGAGCGAAGUGGCAAAGGAUGACUGUAUAGGAAACAUAUUGGAGUGGUUGUUAGGUGACAUUUAUGUGACUAUCCAAUAUAUGGAUAUGCAGGGGCGCUGCAAUGAUUCAUCAGCUGCGUCUGUCCACCAGAGGGAGCCAGAGGAGGGAGGGAGGCACCUCUGGCUCUCUCUACCAUGUCCAACAAAUUACUUUGCUGGGACAAAAUGCAUGAUGGGAAGCCGUUAGAAGUGUUGUUUUUUUAUUUUAAACUCAUAAUGGUGCUUGUAUUGUACAUUUCUUAGCGACCUUUUGAGUGUUAAGUUGCUGUGUGAUAAUUUUAGCGUUCUUUGUGAGAUGACACCAUGAGUCAGACUGUUACAUCGAGUGAUGACCUGCAAUUUCCAAUGAGUUGAUAAGCUUGUUGUGAGUUUUUUAUAGCUCAUGAUUGGCCCCUGUCAAAUUGAGAGCUACCUGAUCCUCAUGGAUAUGCACAAUAUGCCAUUUCCAGUAUCCAGUUUAUAGUCUGGUGUGGCUUAUAUAUGUACAAAUCUGUUUUUCUCUCUAAAUUUAGUGGGUGCAGUUUAGACACCGGAAACUACGGUAAUUGUUUCCAGACCCGACCGUGGUAAGUGAAUUUCCACCAAGUAGGAUUCCUGAUUUAUAAAUGGAAUAUUUUCAUAUUUAGAGCAGAGAAAACCCGUGUACAACCUUUCUCAAUACGGUUUUUAACAUUAUUAGAGCCCUCUAGACAUGAAAUAGUACCCCUGUGGUCAGGCAGGCGGACAGGAAGUGACUUUGGCAACUCACAGUUAAAUUUCAGUUUACGGCCGCAACAGUAGUUUGUCUUAGGGAUUAUAGUGUCUGUUGUGAGAUCAUUCAACCCUGCAAUAAAAACCUGUUGUUCCGGCAAUCAAGUCUGGCGCUUGUGUGUCUCAUCGAACAUUACAGUAAGAUUACUUGACCAAAUACCACAUAUCAUCAACCGCGGAAGGUGAAGUGUGCUCGCACAAAGUUUGAAGCAGUGUCCAUCCACUAGCUCUGUGUUAUGCGAAUACGUCAUGUCCUGGUCAGCCCAACAACACCGAAAAUGAU